AUGAGUUCUAAUACUGUCACUGAAGAGCUCAAGGUAUCCCUGCAUACCUCCAUGGAGCAACAUUGGGCCUUUCCAGAACAAGAGAGAAGAGUGCUUUACCGGAUAAACGUCCUCCUAGGCAUGGUCUCAACCUUACGAAGCCUGGCGCAAGCUGUCGGUGGCCAUACAGGUGUCAGCAUGGAGAUGUUGGAAUUUGGUACCACCAUAUCCACCCAAGCAGAAGGGGUGAGAGCGAUCACCCAGCGAAUGAGAACAAAUCUUGUUUCGAUCAACGCCGAGCUGAUGAAAAGCCGACUUGAGGGUCUUGGACGCGCGCGAGUUGGGGAGGCAGUUCCAGACCUUUACGCAGCACAGAUCGCGAAGGCCCUUGUCACGGAGUUUAAUAACUUCAACAAUCAGAUGACUACUAUGAUAGUGCUCCUUAUGCAGCCCAACAAGCAAGAUCAUUAUUGUAUUAUGAUCCUAUGGCCGAUUCAGAAGAUGUGGGCUGCUCUCCUUGCGAACAUUUCACUUUUCUUGGUCGAUGAUAUUACAUUGCACGAUCGUAGGAAGUUCUGCAGCGAGGAGAUCGAAAUGAACGAGAGGCGGCGAGCUGCGCGAGAAUGA